CCGUGGCACCGGUUUCCCUGUCUCAUGCACAGUCCACUCUGGUGGCUUUGGCUGAGAGGAAUGAGCCACACUUCCAAAUCCAUGUUUCAGAGCCACAAAAACUGAAGACAAAAUGAAACCGCGCACAGUGGCUUGGUCCUGUUUUCAGUGUCUGAAGGUCACCUGAGGUCUGGAGAACAGGAGGGGCAGGCUUGGUUUGCUGGUCGGUGGACUGGCAGGUGUUGCUGGAGGGCCAUCCCCAGAGCCAGCCCCGAUGUUGGUGGAGGGUCCUGGCUUCACGUCCAACUUUACAGCCCAUUCCAGCCUCUCCGGAUACAAUUUGGCAUCUCCGACAUUUUUCAAGCAUCAGCUGGCAAAGGGGAGACUGUGCUCUGGUGCAGAAGUGAAAACCCCCCCCCGGGGCUUUUCAUAAACACCCUCGAGAAUAGACGCCGGGAGCCAGCGUGAUGGAUGCGCUCUCUGAAGCAAACGGCACCUUCGCCCUCCGCCUUUUAAAGAUACUGUGCCAAGAUGACCCGUCACACAACGUGUUUUAUUCUCCUGUGAGCAUCUCCUCUGCCCUGGCCAUGGUUCUCCUGGGGGCAAAAGGAGACACCGCUGCCCAGCUGGCCCAGGUGCUUUCUUUAAACCCAGAGAAAGACAUUCACCAGGAUUUCCAGGCACUUCUUGCCGAGCUGAACAAACCCAGCACUCGGUACUUGCUCAGAACGGCCAACAAGCUCUUUGGGGAGAAGUCUCGCGAAUUUCUCUCUACCUUCAAGGAAUCCUGUCUUCGGUUCUACGACGCGGAGCUGGAGCAGCUCUCCUUCGCCAGCGCCGCCGAGGCAUCCAGAAAGCAGAUAAACGCUUGGGUCUCUAAAAAGACAGAAGGUAAAAUUCCAGAGGUGCUGCCACGGAACUCAAUUGAUGAGCAGACCAGGCUGGUUCUCGUCAACGCCGUCUACUUCAAAGGAAGGUGGGACCAGCAAUUUGACAAAAAGUACACGAGGGAGAUGCCUUUUAGGGUAAACCAGAAGGAGCAGAGGCCGGUGCAGAUGAUGUUUCAGGAAGCAACGUUCAGACUCGGGCGCGUGGAGGAGGUGCCGGCCCAGGUCCUGGAGCUGCCCUACGAGGACCGGGAGCUGAGCAUGGUCGUCCUGCUCCCCGACGACCACGUGGCUCUGAGCGAGGUGGAGAGACAGCUCACCUUUGAGAAACUCCUGGCCUGGACGAAGCCGGAACGCAUGCAGAGCCUGGACGUGGAAGUUUUCCUCCCAAGGUUUAAGCUGGACGCGAGUUACGACCUGGAGUUGCUGCUCGGGCGUUUGGGGGUGGUCGACGCCUUCCAGCAGGGCAAGGCCGACUUCUCGGCCAUGGCCCCCGAGCGGGACCUGAGCCUGUCCACCUUCGUGCACAAGAGUGUGGUGGAGGUGAACGAGGAGGGCUCGGAGGCGGCGGCGGCCUCGGCCCUGGUGCUGAUGGAGUGCUGCAUGGAGUCCGGGCCCAGGUUCUGCGCCGACCACCCCUUCCUCUUCUUCAUCAGGCACAACAAGGCCAAGAGCAUCCUCUUCUGUGGCAGGUUUUCCUCCCCGUGAGCGGUGCACCCGCCUCGCGCGGGAGCCUCUCCCCUUCUGCGGCCCCGAGUCCCCCCACCGAGCCCCGAGGGUGGCCAGGCAGACGCCCACCCGCUCCACGCGCCUUCCCCAGGCGGACCACUCAUCCACGCCCCUCAGUCCAGACCGCAGGCCUGCAGGCUCUAAGGAUGCCCUGGGGCAUUUAAGACGCAGCCUGGAUCCCACAGGACGGCGGGCAGCGUGUCCCCGCAUGACCCCAGACUUCCUCGCUGCCCCUUGUCCGCGCUCACUGACAUCUCAACUCUGGUCACACCCGUGCCUCAGCCUCUUGCGAUAGUAAAUAGAUGCCACUAGCUGUCGCUACUGUUUUGUCCAUGUCCUGCUGCUUGUGCUUUUUAGGAUGUUUCUUUAGUGCAGAUUUUAAUUUUAUCUUUUUUUGACAUUCAUCGGUCACCACGAAUGUUCCGGACACGGCGUCCGGCACUGGGGACGCAAAGGAGUGGAGGCGCAGUCCUCUGACACCUGGUGGCUCGUGCCAGAACGGGGCAGCCUUAGGACAACCAGGUGGGACUAGGUGAUGCCCUUGACCUUACCACGUGACCUCCUGUACGGAUCACACCUUUCUUCGAGUUUCUGUCUUUCUCCACCUCUAGCUCUGAGGGUAAAAACUCCAUUGGACCCUUAAAGUGCACGUCCAAUGUCAUCUUCCUGUGCAGAGGUUCUUUCUCUGCGUGGCCGGAUGUGCAUCUUUGACCUCUCUCCCUGCGCCCCGAGCGAGGGCCUGAGCAGUGCUGGCUUUUUACGCAUCAAUCAUCCGUGUUCUCCAGCCGGACCCUCCGGUCCUCAGGGCUUGGGACUGUGUUUUACAUGUCCCUGUGCCCCUUACAGUGCAUGGUGAGACAGUUUGACUGUAGAGGAACUCUUUGUCUUAAAAAAAAAAAAAAGAGGGAUUAGAAGUCAGUGAUUUGCGUUUGUUUUUUAGAAUUUUUUAUUGAGAUGAAAUCCACAUGACGUAAAAUUAUAGCGAACAUCGUUUUGAAGCAAACCGUGCAGUGGCCUUUGGUACGUGAGCAGUGGUUGUGCAACCUCCACCUUGGUCUAGUUCCAAAAACACUUUCACCAAGCCAAAGCGAAACCCGGUACCCGCUAAACCGUGACUCCCCAUCUCUUCCUCCCUCCAACCCCUGGGCAACCACUGUCUGCUUUCUAUCUCUGUGGAUUUACUUAUUCAGGUUACUUCAUGUAAGUUGAAUCGUAUAAGAUAAGACCGUUUGCAUCUGGCUUCUUUCACCAAGCAUGUCGUGUUCAAUAUUCAUCCACGUUGUAGCAAGUGUCAACUGUUCAUCCUUUUUUAUGACUGAAUAAUAUUCCAUGGUUUGAAUAGAGCAUGUUUUGUUUAUCCAGCCCUCCACUGAUCGACCUCCACUGAAGGUUUGUUUCUGUCAUUUGGCUCUUUGUGAAUUAUCCUGCUAUGAACAUGCAUGUACAUGAA